AUUGUUCAGCAUGAAAAAUAUUUAUGAAAACAAUCACAUAUUGUUGAGGGAUUCAGAAAUUGCCAAGGGAAGUCUUGCAAUUGUAUUUAUUUUUCUGACCAUCUCUUUCUUUUUCUCUCCUAUCUUGCAAUAAUGUUUUCACUCACGAGAGAAGACAUGGGACGUUGUAUGCAAGUGCGCUCCACCGACAAUUCCCGCCAAUGAAACUCGCGGGUGUUCCUUCUCAAAUGGCGGUAUUCGUUUUUCAAUUCAAAAAGCAAGAGAUAAUCAAAACUAUGAGCAGUAACGAACUUUUGGGUAGUGAACUACGGUUUGAAGAAGAUCCAUUCAUCAGUGGGGCGAUCACUCCUCAGCAGAAUGACAAACUGUUCAAUGGCAUCUACGGAGAUUCUUCACUUUUUGAACACGAUUUGUUUUUUGGUGAAGAUGGUCAAAUGAGAAAGGAAGAUGAUGAAUAUGGAUACACAAUCAAGGAUGAUUCAUUUUCGUAUCCAUUCGGCAUGCAGGAAAUGACAGACAUGAACGGCUACGAUGUAUAUGGUAACUUUGACUUUUCGGAUGAGGUAGUGACAGCUGGAGAACAAACGGAACCCUGCAUCAAUCAACCCAUACCUACUACUACUGAAAAUGAGCUACAUCAUACUCCUAAUUUUAACACUACUGGCCCUAUCACAAUAGAUGCCAACAAUGCUGGAACGUCUAUGAAUCAUGAGACAACUUAUGCGGCACCCAAAGUGUAUUCAAAUCCUCCUGUGGCAGAAUCCAACAAACAUCAUCCGUACAAGAGCGUUAAGCCGGUCCAAAAAAAGGCGAAAGCAUUAUUCCCCGUAAAAAUAAGCAAAGUGCUGCCACAGCACGGCAAAACUACUAGUAAUAGGACAACGCUUGGCAGUAUGUCUUCUCCAUAUGCACUGGCACCGUCUUAUCAGAGGAGCAAGCCAAUAACUCAACAACAAUGUGCUCAAUCAACUUUUGAAAACGAGAAUCAUCCUCUCCUAACUGCCAAAAAACAUACGAUGCAGUCCUUCAAUAUUGAUUCAAACGGCGCUGGAGAAGACACUACCCAGAAACUCGAUGAACCUUCUGCAUUGCCAAUCAACAGAGCUCCAACAGUGAGAUUAAAAAUGUCGUCAAUAGUUCCACGAGAUGUAGCGUCCAAUCACAUCAAAUGUACAAUGUGCCAAGGCUCAUUCACCACACAAUUGGCGUUGGAAUUCCAUGAAGUUGAAAGACAUCCUCAAGCAUUUGUAUUCAAAUGCACAAUUUGUGCAGAUAUUUUUGCAACAAUCGGGUUAAUAAACAAGCAUCUCGUAACUGAACAUAGAAAAGAAACUGUUCCAUUGCUGGAUAAUGCCAUAUUCGGAAACGGUGCACUAUCAGACUACGGGAAAAAAUCCUCACAGCGUCGUAUAUCAGGAAUGAUAUGGAGCUUUGUGAGCAGCCAUCUUGCUCAAUCUGGCAAGUUGACCGGUACAACGAAGGACAAUGAGACUAUCAAAAAGGAGGCCAAAGUGCUCUUCAACCCAUUAGCAAACCGAGCAGUGGGUUCGCGUCAAAGUGGAGUUACUAAUGCUUCUGCUAGCAAAGUUUGUGUCGACGAAUCAGCUUCCAUCAACGACCUGCUCAAGCAAGCUUAUAUUUAUGGCCCGUCAGUUCACCGCCUACCCAUCAACUCCGUUCCAAUGUACAAAGUCAUUCGUUGCUAUGAGCCCGAUUUUUUCUCGGAGGAAAUGCAAAAUCGAUAUUUAGCAAGAAACCCACCGGUUGCACCUGAUGCGGCAGUUUUUCGACCAAAAAUGCCACACAUCGUUUUGCAAUCGCCCAGUAAAAAACAGUUUACUCCAGCUACUUUCAACAAUCGAGUUAGCUACAUCUUAAAGCCGGGAACGAAAGCUGGAACAACCGUUAGACUCAUUAGUUCCACAAAAACCCAACCACGACCUGUAAAUAGUGGCAUCGCUUAUCAAUCUUCUGACGUUCAGCCUCAACUUAUGAAUUCGGAAGCGGGAAUUGUCAGAUAUUUGAACUAGAUUCCGUGUGCUGUUCAUUUUGGGAAAAUUAUUUAAUUGUAAUGCAUUUUUUUUCGAUAGCCCAAUUAAUUUGUCCAGAGUAAAGAUUAAAUUUCUAACUCCCUGUCACUUUUAGAUUUGUAUCAUUUUUAGUACGCCCAAUUGUUUUCAACAUCUAGUCAUUUUUGUCAUGUUUUAAUAUUAUCGACUGGUUUCUUAUUCUCAAUACCAUUUUCAUUGAUCAUUCCGUAAAUCACGUUGUCUUCUUGUAAAACAUUAUCCGACGUUUUUUCUUCUUUUAAUAUUUUAAUGAUCAUACUUUUGUAAUUAUCCUGUUCAUGUGUGAAUGUAUCAAAUGUUUCAAUAAAUGUUCAUAUUGAAAA